CAUGAACACCAUUGAGCUCUCUUGUGCGUUUUCACUCCUUAAAUCACCAGCUACGGCUCAAGUCUACCAACGUAUAAGCUUUAUAAUGGCCGCCAUCGUCCCGAUCUCCUGCAACCAGCGCUGGCGCAGUCGUUCUCGCAACGCCAGUACCGACUCGGACUUUUUGGGCCUCAUGCCAACCUCGCCCUCGAUCGCCGGUGAACUCACAAUCGACGUGCUGAACGAAGCCAUUUACGAAGGCGAUGACGAGGACAAGGUCGUCGAACCGGUUGAGUCUCCGCACUCCCUCGUUUUACCCCGAGAAUAUGCUGCUCACGAACCUGCGUGGCCGGUUCAACCUACGAACAACGCCAAGUCCAUGGAGAGACGACGAGCAAGUGGCUUCUAAAGCCGAUGCCGAUAGGUGUUUGUCUUCACGUGAAACCAGUGUCGUCUGUACUGUGUCCUCAAUUGAAAUCUUGGCUAAAUAUCAAUUAUCC